AUGACAUCUUCAAAUGAAUCAAGUGAAGACAGAACCUCAUAUAAAAAAGAAGUAUCACACGAUGGGGUAUCAAAUAUAUCAGACAAAUCAAAUAAAUCGAAGAAGCCAGAUGUAUCAGAAAAAAACAGCACAUCAGAAAUAGCAGUUGAAAAUUUUGAUAUUAAUGAUGAUAAAGAAAAGCAAUAUAAUAAGUUUCUCCAGUGUUGUAGUAAUGAAUAUUCUGUUGAGCAAAUGAAAAAAUUUUUGAAAUAUGGGAUUACUGAAAAUGGGAUUCGCAUUAUGACAACGGAUACUUGUUCUUGGUACUAUGAUUAUUAUAAGAUAACAAAAAGAUCUACUCCUCAUCUUAAAGAAUUUACCGAUGGAGCAACUGUAGAUUAUUACUACUAUACCACUCCUUUUCCUACGCAAAUGGGAAACAUCAACUUAGUCAUGAUGCAUAGUCAAGUAAAUUUUGGAGAUGAAACUCAUACUCCUUCAGAUAGGUCUUUUAAAAUGAAUGAGGUGACACCUGAAAUGAUUAAAGAAGCAAAAAUUAAAGUUAAUCAAAUUAAAAACACAUGCUGUUUGAAAUCUCUUUAA